AUGUCUAAAGUGCUAAUGAUAAGACAUUUGCCGUCUUCACUUUCAUUAAAAGACAAAGAACAACUUUUAAAACACUUUGGGGCUGAAAAAGUUUGGGAAACAAGAUCCAAACGCAAUUAUCUUUUUGCUUCUUUUAGCAAUGUUGAGAGAGCGAAAGCAUCACUUACACGGCUACAUCAGCUUGAAAUAGCCCAGAGAAGAUUAGUUGUGGAGUAUUCUUACGACAAGGAGCCGGUGACGAGUAAUAAGCCGGGAAUAGAACAAAACUCGGAAACAACCAAGUUAAUAAAAGAGUUUCUGAAGACUUUAAAUGCUUGGAAUCCAUCAGUGGAUUUUUAUCAACCUCCCCCAGCACAUUUAAGCUAUAAAUAUCCAGAUAUUACUCCAGAAAUAGCAGUAAGUGUGGUUCAUGCACUGUUUUCUCAUAAACCAUUCUACGUACAAACUCUUCAUUUGAUGAAUAAAAUGUGCCUUGAUAAUCCUUUUCAAGAGAAUAUAGCAGCUAUGACUGUUUUCAAAGAUAUAUUUAAGAAGUUGUUUUUAAGUGAAUUGCAGCAACAAGUGACACAAGUACCUCAAAGUGAGACAGAAUCUGAAAUAUCUUCUGCAGAAGACGAACACAAGACACAACCAACACAAAUAGUUAUCAGAAGGAAGCGAAAACUGCCUGUUCCUAAAGUUCGUCCGACUAGUGUGUUAUCUGCACCGACACCACCUAAAUUGAAAAAAGUGGUUAUAAGCCAAGAAGAAGCCUUUGAAACAGUCACUCCAAUAAUAGAACCAAAGAAAAUAUUAGUUAAUGUCCAUCAAGAUGCAUUACAGAAACCAUCUGAAGAUCCAGAAGUAGUGGGUGAACUUGGUAAAUUCCAGAAAGAGGAACAACCAGUUGAAGUUGAAGAGAAACAGCCGGAGCCAGAGCAACCAACCAUAACUAAAAAAGAACUUCUGCGUAAUAGGAUAUCAUACAGUGAUAUGAAAAUAUUGCCAGUAUUCAAAAAUUAUCAUCCAGGAGAACCAUCAAUGAGGUUAUACAUAAAAAAUUUGGCCAAGUCAGUUACAGAUCAAGAUGUUAAGAGAAUAUAUAAGCGUUAUGUAGAAAAAAUGACAGAUGAGGAAUUGACUGGAUUUGAUGUACGAGUUAUGCAAGAAGGAAGAAUGAAGGGGCAAGGGUUCGUGACAUUUCCCUCUGUGAGGAUAGCAGAAACAGCCCUGAAUGAAACAAAUGGAUAUUUAUUGAAAGAGAGACCAAUGGUUGUGCAGUUUGCCAGGGCUGCCAAUAAAAAAACAAUUGAAUGA